GAGUGAAACAGUCGGAGAGGCAGCAGCGAGUGAUUAAAUGCGGCUAUUCUCUGUUCCAGCCUGAGCAUCCAACUUUUUGCAAGUCUUGAAUGAUCAUGGAGAGGCCCUCAAAGGGAGUGUAUUUCCUUCUGCUCCUCUGCUGGCUGGGGGUUUCCUGGGGGGCACGCCUUCCCCGCCCCCUCAUCCCUUCCAAUGCAACCAUCUUCUCCCAUGUCUACACAAUUAAGGUGGCCGGAGAAGAUACGCCGGAUGAGGACGCCUCCUCCCCACUGCCCCAAGAGGCCUUAGGUCCUCCUGGAUCUUCUCGGGGAGGGGGCCAGUUUGAACACACCCUGGAAGGGACAGAUCAAGAGCAUGUCGUCUUCACCCAUCGCAUCAACCUCCCGCAACAGUCUUGUGGGUGUCCCCCUGGCACCGAAGACACCCAGGAGCUUUGGAGAAGGCUGCAGGCCCUGGAAAAUGAAGUGCGGGUCCUACAGGAAACGUGCCAAGCUGGGGGAGGCUGCUGCCCUGCUGCGCCCACCCGUAGUCAAGCCAGCGAAGGCCAAACAGACAUUCGCACGUUAUGUUCGCACCAUGGAUCCUUCGACCUCUCUCGUUGCCUGUGCGAAUGUGAGUCGGGUUGGGGCGGUCCCACCUGCGCCGAGCCGGUCUGCUCCGGAGGCUGCGGUGGCCCAGAGCGCGGCAGAUGCGUCAAUGGGCACUGCCAAUGCCAGCCUGGCUACUCGGGGGUCAGCUGCGAAGAGCCGCCCCCUUGCCCCGAUGACUGCAAUGACCAAGGGCGCUGUGUGGAUGGCCGCUGCAUCUGCUUCCCAGGAUACGUGGGCCCCUCCUGCUCUGACCCAGUUUGUCCCCAGAACUGCCACGGACAUGGCCAAUGCGUCUCAGGACGGUGCGUGUGCAACCCGGGUUACAGUGGUGUGGAUUGUGCAACCCGAGCGUGCCCUAGCAACUGCAACAGGCGUGGAGAAUGUCGUAAUGGACGCUGCGUGUGCGAGCCGGGCUUCAUCGGGCCGGCCUGUGGCACCAAGACUUGUCCCAAUGAUUGUAACCAGAGAGGCCACUGUCUGCAGGGAGGGGUGUGUUCCUGCCAUCCAGACUACACUGGCGUGGACUGCGGUCAGCUGGCGUGUCCGGAGCACUGCAGUGGCCACGGAGAAUGUCAGAAUGGAACGUGCCUGUGCGACAGUGGCUAUUCGGGCGAUGACUGUUCAGUAGAGAUUCCAUCCAUUGGUGUCCGUGUUUCAAAUCGAGAUGAAACUUCUUUCCGCCUGGAGUGGAACUACCCCGAGAUUUCUGUGGAUGGAUAUGAAAUCCAUGUGGCACCCAAGAAGGAUCCUCGGGCGGGCGAAUCUAUAAACCUGUCUGGCAACGAAAGGAACUUUGAAUACAAAGGAUUAAAGCCGGGGGAGGAAUACACAGUCACCGUUCGGGUAGAAAAAGGGCAACUCUACGGACCCCCUUUCACCCAGACCGUGCGUACGCGAGUGGCUCCUCCCACUGGCCUGCAGUCAUCCCAAGUGUCGGGAAACUCCCUGACCUUGCAAUGGGAACCACCUGCCUCUCGCCCUGAUGGCUACAUCCUCAGCUACGUCCCUCUGACUUCCACUCGACCCGUUAAAGCCAUGAAACGUGUAGAGCUGCCCGCAGCCCCUGAGCGUGUCACCCUGGAAGACCUGGAGAGCAGAACGCGAUACCGCAUCACCUUGGUUGCCCGUCAGAGUGGUGAGAACAGCCGAGCCACCAGCAUUGUUGUCAGCACCACAGCACCAGCUCCAAUUCAACCAAGUCGCAACUACUUGACACCGCCCCCCUCUUCCCAUAAAAAGCCAGACACUCCCUCUUCUGAGUCUGAAGGGAAGAAACCAGGCACUAAACCACUUCCGGGUCGCCGCCCCACCAACACCACCUUACUGACUAAGGAGCACUUCCUGAAAAGAAUGACCCAGAAUAUCUCAUCCAAACUGUCCCCAUACAACGGGACCCUCCUUGAGCGGCUCGAGAGCUACCUCCGGGCCACCAAUUUCCCUCUCCGAGGCAACCAGACGAUCCGGAGCGUGGCCAGGGACAUCUACCUCUAUCUCAAACGGAUGAAGCCCAUUGAAUUUCAAGAGAAGGUUGAAGAACGUCUUGUCCAAGAAACCAGCAACUUGUCUCUCCCAAUAACCGAAGCAGAUAGUGUCUAUUCAGAUGGAUACCUCCGUCCGGACCACGCCAAGCCAGCGGUGGUGACCAGCUCCCCAGACCACAUUGAGGUGUCUUUGGACAGCGUGAGGGGCAUUUCUGACCAUGUGGUCAUCCGCUACCGAAACAUGGUGACUGGAGAAAGAAAGGAGUUAAUAGUCCCUGGAGAUGCUUCCACAGCAACCAUCACCGGAUUGUCACCUGGAACAACCUACUUGAUGGAAAUUCAUGGUGUCAUGAAGGGACAUUCCUCUAAGUCCUACUCCUUUAUAACUGCCACAGCUCCAAGUUCACCAACAAAUGAUAAGAUCCAAACCAUCGCCACACCCACCUCAACUCCCGAAGCUCCACUGAAGAACCUACAUGUGACCGAACUCUCUCCAAACCAGCUCCGGGUGACGUGGUCAGCCCCACCCAAUUUCUUCCAUAAGUUCUUCCUCUACUAUAGGGAUCCCAAAUCUGGGGCACCUCCCAAAAAAAUCAGCAUUCCAGGGACAGAGAGAAGUGUCGACCUAAUGGAUUUGCGCCCUGGGACAGAGUAUGAAAUAGAGUUGCAGGGAGAGAGACCUGGCGGAAGCUACAAUGCCCCCUUCUCAACAAAAAUAAUUAAAGAAGCAGAACCGGAAAAGCCCAGGCCAGGCGAUUUCUCACUUGUAGAAGUCACAGACACUUCAGUUCACCUUUCUUGGGGUGCCCCUACUGGGCCUUUUGACUCCUUUGUGAUCCAAUAUAAAGAUGCUGAGGGGAAGCCCAAGAUGCUUAAAAUGGACAAGAACUCUCGAGAAGCCACGAUUUCCAACUUGGUGCCUUCCCGAAAAUACAAAUUCAACCUUUAUGUUCUCCUGGGCCGCAAGCCCUUCGGGCCCGUGUCCUUGGAAGUCGUCCCAGCUCCAAGUUCACGAACAAAUGACAAGAUCCAAACCAUCGCCACACCCACCUCAACUCCCAAAGCUCCAUUGAAGAACCUACAAAUGACCAAACUCUCUCCAAACCAGCUCCGUGUGACAUGGACAGCUCCACCCAAUUUCUUCCAUAGGUUUUUCCUCUACUAUAGGGAUCCCAAAUCUGGGGCACCUCCCAAAAAAAUCAGCAUUCCAGGGACAGAGAGAAGUGUCGACUUAACGGAUUUGCACCCUGGGGCAGAGUAUGAAAUAGAGUUGCAGGGAGAGAGACCUGGCGGAAGCUACAGCGCCCCCUUCUCAACAAAAAUAAUUACAGCUCCAAGUUCACCAACAAAUGACAAGAUCCAAACCAUCACCACACCCACCUCAACUCCCGAAGGUCCACUGAAGAACCUACAAGUGACCGAACUCUCUCCAAACCAGCUCCGUGUGACAUGGUCAGCCCCACCCAAUUUCUUCCAUAAGUUUUUCCUCUACUAUAGGGAUCCCAAAUCUGGGGCACCUCCCAAAAAAAUCAGCAUUCCAGGGACAGAGAGAAGUGUUGACUUAACGGAUUUGCGCCCUGGGGCAGAGUAUGAAAUAGAGUUGCAGGGAGAGAGACCUGGCGGAAGCUACAACGCCCCCUUCUCAACAAAAAUAAUUACAGCUCCAAGUUCACCAACAAAUGACAAGAUCCAAACGAUCGUCACACUCACCUCAACUCCCGAAGGUCCACUGAAGAACCUACAAGUGACUGAACUCUCUCCAAACCAGCUCCGUGUGACAUGGACAGCUCCACCCAAUUUCUUCCAUAGGUUUUUCCUCUACUAUAGGGAUCCCAAAUCUGGGGCACCUCCCAAAAAAAUCAGCAUUCCGGGGACAGAGAGAAGUGUCGAUUUAACGGAUUUGCACCCUGGGACGGAGUAUGAAAUGGAGUUGCAGGGAGAGAGACCUGGUGGAAGCUACAACGCCCCCUUCUCAACAAAAAUAAUUACAGAAUCCGAUAGCACAGGAAAAGCUCCUCCUAUUUUUAAAGACAUUUCUGCCACUGUGACCAGCAAUUCUGCCCACUUGUCCUGGACAGUCUCCUCUGGGAACUUUGAUUCCUUUUUAAUCCAAUACAAGGAUGCUGAGGGAAGACUCCAAGAGCUUUUCACUGAGGGAGAUUCCCAUGAAAUCACUAUCCCAAAUCUGGCUCCUUCCCACAGAUAUACAAUAGAUCUCUAUGGCAUCUCCAGCCAGGGACGUCUGGGUCCUGCCUCUAUAACUUUCAUCACAGGAUCAGAGGAGGAUGUGUCCGUCCACAAAACUGUCCUCAGGGAUCUGGCCGUAUCAGAGGUGACCAGCAACUCUGCCCAUCUUACAUGGAGUGUCCCUUCAGGCCGAUUCGAUUCCUUUUCGCUCCAGUAUCAAGACUCAGAAGGCAACGAUCAAGAGUUGCAUGUGGACGGCGAUUCCCGCGAAGUCAUUAUUCCCAAUUUGGUUCCCUCCCAAAGAUACAGAUUCAACGUCUACGGCAUUUUGGGGACACAGCGCCUUGGACCUCUCUUUGCAGAUGCUGUGACAGCUGCAGUUCAGAAGCCAAAAAAGGAGAAACCAGAUGAGACCAUAGUCAUUAAGCCCAGCCUGGGGGAGUUCUCAGUCCUGGAUGUCACAAGCGAUACUGCCCGUCUUUAUUGGACUGUCCCCACUGGGGCCUUUGACUCCUUCCUAAUCCAGUACAAGGAUGCAGAUGGCCAACCCCAAGCAUUGCCCAUCGAAGGAGGCUCCCGUGAAGUCACCAUAACCAACCUGGCUCCGUCUCGCAGAUACAAGUUCAAUCUCUAUGGAGUCUCCGGGCGCAAGCGAUCCAGCUCGCUCUCCACCCAUGCCACCACAGCCCACAUUAGAGUCUCAGUGGAGCCAAUUCCUGUCCAACCCAGUUUAGGAGAUUUCUCGGUCCUUGAUGUCACGAGUGAUUCUGUCCGACUCCAUUGGACUGUCCCCACUGGGAACUUUGAUUCCUUCCUGAUCCAGUACAAGGAUGCAGAGGGACAACCCCAAGCGUUGCCUGUGGAGGGAGACUCCCGUGAAGUCACAGUGACCAACCUGGCUCCUUCUCGUAGAUACAAGUUCAACCUCUAUGGAGUUUCUGGACACAAGCGCUCCGGGCCCCUUUCCACUGAUGCCACCACAGAGCCCGGGAAACCAGCUUCUUUCCAACCCCACCUGGGAGAACUGUCAGUGCUUGAUGCCACAAGCAAUUCUGUCCGACUCCAUUGGACUGUUUCUACAGGGAGCUUUGACUCCUUCCUGAUCCAGUACAAGGAUGCUGAUGGCCAGCCCCAAGCCCUGCCUGUGGAGGGAGACUCCUGUGAAGUCACUCUGACCAACCUAGUUCCUUCACGCAGAUACAAAUUCAAUCUCUAUGGAGUCUCAGGGCGCAAACGCUCCAACCCUAUCUCUACUUUUGCCACGACAGUUCCCUUGGUAGAGGAAUCAGUCCCUAUCCAACCAAGCCUAGGAGACUUUACAGUUCUUGAUGUCACAAGUGAUUCUGUCCAUCUCCAUUGGGCUGUCCCCACCGGGAGCUUUGAUUCCUUCCUCAUCCAGUACAAGGAUGCAGAUGGCCAACUCCAAGCAUUGCCUGUGGAGGGAGACUCCCGUGAAGUCACUGUGACCAACCUGACUCCUUCACACAGAUACAAGUUCAACCUCUAUGGAAUCUCUGGGUGGAAGCGUUCCAGUCCUCUCUCCAUCGAUGCCACCACAGCCCACCUUACAAUCACAGAAGAUCCAAUUCCUGUGCAACCCAGCCUUAGAGAGUUCUCAGUCCUUGAUGUCACAAGUGAUUCCGUCCAUCUCCAUUGGGCUGUCCCCACCGGGAACUUUGAUUCCUUCCUCAUCCAGUACAAGGAUGCAGAUGGCCAACUCCAAGCAUUGCCUGUGGAGGGAGACUCCCGUGAAGUCACUGUGUCCAACCUGGUUCCUUCACGGAGAUACAAGUUCAACCUCUAUGGAAUUACUGGGCGCAAACGCUCCAGCCCACUCUCCACCGAUGCCACCACAGCCCACCUUACAAUCAUAGAAGAUCCAAUUCUUGUGCAACCCAGCCUUAGAGAUUUCUCUGUACUUGAUGUCACAAGUGAUUCCGUCCAUCUCCAUUGGGCUGUCCCCACCGGGAGCUUUGAUUCCUUCCUCAUCCAGUACAAGGAUGCAGAUGGCCAACUCCAAGCGUUGCCUGUGGAGGGAGACUCCCGUGAAGUCACUGUGUCCAACCUGGUUCCUUCACGCAGAUACAAGUUCAACCUCUAUGGAAUUACUGGGCGCAAACGCUCCAGCCCACUCUCCACAGAUGCCACCACAGCCCACCUUACAAUCAUAGAAGAUCCAAUUCCUGUCCAACCCAGUCUAGGAGAUUUCUCAGUCCUUGAUGUUACCAGUGAUUCUGUCCAUCUCCAUUGGGCCGUCCCGACUGGGAACUUUGAUUCCUUCCUCAUCCAGUACAAGGAUGCAGAUGGCCAACCCCAAGCGUUGCCUGUGGAGGGAGACUCCCGUGAAGUCACUGUGACCAACCUGGUUCCUUCACGCAGAUACAAGUUCAACCUCUAUGGAAUUUCCGGGCGCAAACGCUCCAGCCCUCUCUCCACGGAUGCCACCACAGUGUUAAAGGAGGCUAUUGGUGUCCAACCCAACCUAGGAGAACUGUCAGUCCUUGAUGUCACAAACGAUUCUGUUCGUCUCCAUUGGACCGUCCUGACUGGGAGCUUUGAUUCCUUCCUAGUCCAGUACAAGGAUGCAGAUGGCCAACCCCAAGCGUUGCCUGUGGAGGGAGACUCCAAUGAAGUCACUGUGACCAACCUGGUUCCUUCACGCAGAUACAAGUUCAACCUCUAUGGAAUCUCUGGGCGCAAACGCUCCAGGCCCCUCUCCACCGAUGCCACCACAGAGGAGACCAUUUCUAUCCAACCCAGCCUGGGGGAGUUCUCAGUCCUGGAUGUCACAAGCAAUUCUGUCCAUCUCUACUGGACCGUCCCCACAGGAAACUUCGACUCCUUCCUCGUUCAGUACAAGGAUGCAGAUGGCCAACCCCAAGCCCUGCCUGUGGAAGGAGACUUCAAUGAAGUCAUAAUGACCAACCUGGUUCCUUCGCGUAGAUACAAGUUCAACCUUUAUGGAAUCUCUGAGGGAAAACGCUCCAGCCCACUCUCCACCGAUGCCACCACAGUUCCCUUGGUAGAGGAAUCAGUUCCUAUCCAACCAAGCUUGGGGGAGUUCUUGGUCCUGGAUGUCACAAGUAAUUCUGCCCGUCUCCAUUGGACUGUCUCCACCGGGAGCUUUGACUCCUUCCUGAUCCAGUACAAGGAUGCAGAUGGCCAACCCCAAGCGUUGCCUGUGGAGGGAGACUCCAAUGAAGUCACUGUGACCAACCUGACUCCUUCUCGCAAAUACAAGUUCAACCUCUAUGGAAUCUCUGGGCGUAAACGCUCCAGGCCCCUCUCCACCGAUGCCACCACAGAGGAGACCAUUUCUAUCCAACCCAGCCUGGGGGAGUUCUCAAUCCUGGAUGUCACAAGCAAUUCUGUCCAUCUCUACUGGACCGUCCCCACAGGAAACUUCGACUCCUUCCUCAUUCAGUACAAGGAUGCAGAUGGCCAACCCCAAGCCCUGCCUGUGGAGGGAGACUUCAAUGAAGUCAUAGUGACCAAUCUGGUUCCUUCGCGUAGAUACAAGUUCAACCUUUAUGGAAUCUCUGGGCGUAAGCGCUCCAGCCCCCUCUCCACCGAUGCCACCACAGCCCAUCCUAGAGAUGCAAGGCAGCCAAUUACUGUCCAGCCCAGCCUGGGGAACUUCUCAGUUGUGGAUGCCACAAGCAAUUCUGUCCGUCUCCAUUGGACCGUCUCCACCGGGAGCUUUGACUCCUUCCUGAUCCAGUACAAGGAUGCAGAUGGCCAACCCCAAGCGUUGCCUGUGGAGGGAGACUCCAGCGAAGUCACUGUGACCAAUCUGGCUCCUUCACACAGAUACAAGUUCAACCUCUAUGGAAUCUCUGGGCACAAACGCUCCACCCCCCUCUCCACCGAUGCCACCACAGCUCAAACCCCAGAGGAGCCAAUUCCUAUCCAACCCGGCCUAGGGGAGUUUUCCAUCCUUGAUGUCACAACUGAUUCUGUCCAUCUCUAUUGGACUGUCUCCACUGGGAGUUUUGACUCCUUCCUGGUCCAGUACAAGGAUGCAGAUGGCCAACCUCAAGCGUUGCCUGUGGAGGGAGACUCCCGUGAAGUCACUGUGACCAACCUGACUCCUUCACGCAGAUACAAGUUCAACCUCUAUGGAGUCUCUGGACACAAACGCUCCAAGCCACUCUCCACUGAUGCCACCACAGAGGAACCAAUUCCUGUCCAACCCAGUCUAGGGGAGUUCUCUGUCUUGGAUGUCACAAGCGAUUCUGUUCGACUUUAUUGGACUGUCCCCAUUGGGAGAUUUGAUUCCUUCCUAGUCCAGUACAAGGAUGCAGAGGGACAACCCCAAGCGUUGCCUGUGGAGGGAGACUCCCGUGAAGUCACCGUGACCAGCCUGGUUCCUUCCCGCAGAUACAAGUUCAACCUCUAUGGAGUCUCAGGGCGUAAACGCUCCAGGCCCCUCUCCACCGAUGCCACCACAGCCCGCCUUACAGACGCAGGGAAGCCAAUUCCUGCCCAACCCAACCUAGGAGAAUUCUCAGUACUGGAUGUCACGAGUGAUUCUGUCCAACUCCAUUGGACUGUCCCCACUGGGGCCUUUGACUCCUUCCUGAUCCAGUACAAGGAUGCAGAUGGCCAACCCCAAGCAUUGCCCAUUGAAGGAGGCUCCCGUGAAGUCACCAUAACCAACCUGGUUCCGUCUCGCAGAUACAAAUUCAAUCUCUAUGGAGUCUCUGGGCGCAAGCGAUCCAGCUCGCUCUCCACCGAUGCCACCACAGCCCACAUUAGAGUCUCAGUGGAGCCAACUCCUGUCCAACCUAGCCUAGGAGAUUUCUCAGUCCUUGAUGUCACGAGUGAUUCUGUCCAACUCCAUUGGACUGUCCCCACUGGGGCCUUUGACUCCUUCCUGAUCCAGUACAAGGAUGCAGAUGGCCAACCCCAAGCCUUGCCCAUAGAUGGAGGUUCUCAAGAAGUUACGGUGACCAACCUGGCUCCUUCUCAUGGAUACAAGUUCAACCUCUAUGGAGUCUCUGGACACAAGCGCUCCGGGCCCCUCUCCACUGAUGCCACCACAGCUCAAAUCACAGAAGAGGGAAUUGCUGUUCAACCAACCUUGGGAGAGUUAUCUAUCCUGGACAUCACUAGCAAUUCUGUUCACCUCUAUUGGACUGUCCCCACUGGGACCUUUGACUCCUUCCUGGUCCAGUACGAGGAUGCAGAUGGCCAACCCCAAGUGUUGCCUGUGGAUGGAGGCUCCCGUGAAGUCACCGUAACCAACCUGGCUCCUUCCCACAAAUAUAGGUUUCUCCUCUAUGGGGUCUCUGGACGCCAGAAGACCAGAGUCCUCUCUGCUGAUGCCUUUACAGCCCCGUUAGCCACAACACCACCGGUUCAGCCCAGCUUGGGAGAGCUUUCUGUCUCCAACAUUACCCACAAUUCAGCACUUCUCUCAUGGACGGUCCACAUCGGGAGAUUUGACUCUUUUAUGAUCCAAUACAAGGACGUGGACGGCAAGCCCCGAGCCAUCCCCGUGGAAGGGAACACUCACCAAGUCGUCCUCCCCAACCUGACUCCCGCCCGCAGAUAUAAGUUUAAUCUUUAUGGAGUCUCUGGUCGUAAGCGUUUUGGACCCGUUUCUGUCGAUGCCGUCACAGCAACAGCGGAUCUACAGGACCCCGUGAUUCCUCCCAGCCUAGGAGAGCUCUCUGCUUCAGAGAUCACCAGCAGUUCUGUCCGUCUGUCCUGGACUGUCCUCACGGGGCGCUUUGAGUCUUUUGCAAUUCAGUACAAGGAUGCUGAGGGCCAGCCCCAGGCGAUUCCGGUGGAAGGAGAUUUGCGUGAGGUCUCCAUCUCUGACCUGGUUCCAUCUCGCAAAUACAAAUUCAACCUUUACGGAUACUCUGGUCGCAAGCGCAUGGGUCCCAUUUCUGUUGAUGCCAUCACAGCACCCACCACAAAGACAGAAGCUACACCGAAGCCCUCUUUAGGAGAACUCUCCAUCUCUGAGGCCACCAGCAACUCUGUCCUUCUCUCUUGGACCAUCUCCACGGGGAGCUUUGACUCCUUCCUGCUCCAAUAUAAAGAUGAGGAGGGCAGAACCCAAACACUGACUGUGGAGGGAGAUUCGCACGAAGUCACCGUUUUGAAUCUGGCUCCAUUCCACAAGUACAAGUUCAACCUUUAUGGAAUUUCUGGUCCAAAACGUAUUGGUCCCAUUUCUGCUGAAGCCACCACAGCUGAACCAAAGGAGGAGGGGGAAGAAGAAAAAAAGGAGGAAGAUGGGGAGAAUCAGCCUAGCUUGGGUGAACUGUCUAUCUCUGAAACCACCAGCGAUUCUUUUCUCCUUUCCUGGAGUGUCCCAACUGGGAGCUUUGACUCCUUCCUGGUUCAAUAUGAAGAUGGCGGUCUGCAGAGCUUGCCUGUGGAUGGGGCUUCCCGUGAAACGAUGGUCUCCAGCCUGACUCCAUUGCGCAGUUACCAGUUCGACCUCUACGGCAUCUCCGGUGGCAAACGCCUGGGGCCCAUUUCCGCCAAGGCCUUAACAGCUCCGCUACCUCCACAUCAGAGCACAGAGGAGCGUGGCUCUCCCAGCCCAUCUCCAAAUCCCAGUUUUGGGGAGCUCUCUGUGUCUGAUGUCACCAGCAACUCCGCCCGCCUCUCUUGGAACGUCCCUGCGGAGACCUUUGACUCCUUCCAGAUCCAAUACAAAGAUGCGGAAAACAAACCACAAAUGGUCCCUGUGGACAAGGAAACCAACACCUUUGUGAUCUAUUAUCUGGUACCUUCCCAUAGGUACAAGUUCAAUCUGUACGGCAUCUCCGGACGCAGGCGCUUUGGACCAAUCACUGCCAGUACCGUCACAGCACCAGCAGACAAUGAGAAGCCAUCAGGUAUGCCUGGAGAGGUGGACCAGGAGGUCUCCACUGGAAUAAGCCCCCGAUUGGGCAUGCUCUCGGUCUCAGAGGUCACCAGUCAUUCAGCCCAGUUAUCCUGGACUGUCCCAGAGGGAAGCUUUGAUUCUUUCUCAAUCCAGUACAAAGAUGCUGAAGGAAGACCCCAAGCGCUUCCUUUAAGGGGAGACUUCCGUGAUGUCAUCGUUUCGAACCUAUCCCCUUCUCACAAGUACAAGUUCAAUCUUUAUGGUAUCUUCGGAAAACAGCGCCUGGGACCAGUCUCUGCCCAAGUGAUCACAACAGCUGCCGAAACAUCUGGGCAGGUUGAGGAAAAGAAACAACCAGAGGAAAGUACAGGCGAGAGCAAACAGCCCAGCCUUGGGGAUGUCACUGUUUCUGAGGUCACCCCUGAUUCCCUUCUCCUCUCCUGGAGCGUCCGGGAAGGAAGCUUUGACUCCUUCAUUGUCCAGUACAAGGAUGCUUCAGGCAAUCCCCAGACGGUACCCGUUGACGGAGCCAUGCGCUCCCUCCAUCUCUACAACCUCACACCUUCCCAGACGUAUGAUUUUGACAUAUUUGGAGUUUCUGGCUACAGGCAUCUUGGGCCUCACUCAGUUCACACCCUAACAGAGGUAUAUGAAGGAGGAAGGACAGUUCAGCCCCAGCUAGGAGAUCUCUCCGUCUCUCGGGUGACCAACGACUCCGUGGCUUUGUUCUGGACUGUGGCGGCUGGGAAUUUUGAUUCUUUCCUGCUCCAAUACAAGGACUCGGAGGGCAAGCCCCAAGUCCUGCCCCUAAAUGGCACUUCACGGGACGUCACCGUCACCAGCCUGGCUCCUUCUCACAGAUACAAGUUCAACCUGUACGGCUUGAAUGGGCGCAAACGCCUGGGUCCCGUUUCCACCAAUGCCGUCACAGGCCAAGGCACCCAACCUCUUAAGCUGGGAACCUUGUCAGCUCAUAACGUCACGUCGGAAUCCCUUCUUCUGUCCUGGACUGUGGAAUCUGGGAAUUUCGACUCUUUCAUUAUCCAGUACCGGGACGCCGCAGGCAAAUCCCACGCGUUGCCUGUAGAUGGAGGUUUGAGAUUGCUGCGCUUCCAUGACUUGGUGCCUUCACACCGAUACAAGUUCAACCUUUACGGGGUCUCCCGUCGCAAGCGUCUGGGCCCCAUAUCUGUGGAGGCUGUUACAGCCCCCAAACCUUCAGGUCUGCAAGUUGCUCCUCAACCCAAGCUGGGGAAGCUCUCUGCUUCCGACAUCUCUGAUACAUCUCUCCGUCUGGCCUGGCGCGUCUUGACUGGGAAAUUCGAAUCCUUCAGCAUUGAGUACAGAGAUGCAGAGGGCAACCCCCAGGUCUUGUCUAUAGACACCGACGCCCGGGAUGUCGUGAUUUCCAACUUGGUGCCUUCCCACAAGUAUAUGUUCAACCUCUACGGGGUCUCUCAACAGAAACGAUUCGGUCCUGUCUCUACUGAAGCCGUCACAGCUCAAGGGAAGGACUCAGAGGCAAAUCCCAAGCUGGGUGAUCUCUCCAUUUCCGAUGUCACCAAUGUCUCUGUCCGUCUUUCGUGGACUAUCUCGUCUGGGAAAUUUGACUCUUUUGUCAUCCGAUACAAAGACGCCCAACGGAACCCUCAAACCGUGCCUGUUGGUGUGGACUCCCGGACAGUUUUCAUCUCUGACUUAAUACCUUCCCACAAAUACAAGUUCAGCCUCUAUGGUCUCUCUGGGAAAGAACAGUUUGGACCAGUCUCUAUUGAUGCUGUCACAGCAGCUUUCUCAGAAAGCACCAGCCUUCCAGCUGCCUUGCUCGAUCAUCUUAUGGUCUCUGAAGUUACCUCCACCACUCUGCAGCUCGGCUGGGAUGUCCCGGAGGGGGAGUUUGACUCCUUCCUCGUGAGAUGGAAGGACAGUUUGGGAAGCGGCCAAAAGCCUGUCCCAGCCAAAGAAGUUAAAGUGCCUGGGGACGAGCGCUCCGUCAUCCUCCAGGGACUCGCACCCAGUACCGAAUACAGCAUUACGGUCUAUGGCAUAAAGGAUGAGUCGGAAGUGGCCGAUAUCAACACUGAAGCAAGGACGAGCGGGCUAGAGCUGGAUGGCCCCCAGGACUUGCGGUUCAGUGACAUUCAUGAAACCUCUGUGGUAGCCAACUGGAGACCCCCAACCUCUCGCAUUGACGGCUACAAAGUUUCUUUCCAGCCUUCAGAUGGCGGGGAGCCUAAAAGCAUUCCAGUGGAUGGAUCUGAACUCAGGACACUCAUUGAGGGUCUGACUCCUGGGGCCAGCUAUGAGGUCGCUGUAAUGUCUAUCCGUGGGUUUGAAGAGAGCGAGCCGUUGGUGGGCUACAUCACCACAGUGCCAGACGGUCCUUCGGAUUUGCGGGCUGUCAAUGUAACCGGUACCUCCGCCGUGCUGACAUGGCGUCCUGCUGUGGCUGAGAUGAACAACUAUAUUGUCACAUACGGACCUAUCACCAGCACCGGCUCACAGGUCUCCGAAUCGGUUCCAGGAAAUCGUGUCCAGCUUCAGCUGUCAGAGCUGCAAAGGGACAUGGAAUAUUGGGCCAAUGUCUAUGGGGAAAAGGAAGGAAACCGAAGUUCUCCCACCAGCGCUGCUUUCACCACUGGAGCAGAUGGGCCCCGGGACCUGCAUGCUACGGAAAUUUCUCCCCGCAGUGUGCGUCUCACCUGGUCACCCCCUGGUGCCCCACCUGAGGGAUAUCUGCUGAGUUAUGAGACCCCCGAUGGACAAUCAAAGGAGAUCCCUCUGGAUGCUUCCGUCACCUCGUAUAAACUUCAAGACCUGAUUCCUUCAAGUCGGUACCAGGUCCAAGUCCAGGCAGUGAGGAGGGGAACACCAACAGCUCCCAUCUCCACGUCCUUCACCACUGGACAUCUGACAUAUCCCUUCCCUCGGGACUGCUCGGAAGAAAUCAAGAAUGGGCCAGGAGCUUCACGAGUAACAACAAUUUAUCUCGGGGGCAACCGUGAACGUCCCUUGAGGGUGUUCUGUGAUAUGGAGACAGAUGGGGGAGGCUGGAUUGUCUUCCAACGUCGGAUGAAUGGUGAGACGGAUUUCUGGCGGGACUGGCAAAGUUAUGCUCUUGGCUUUGGCAACCUAACCCGGGAAUUUUGGCUUGGAAACAAUGCCCUGCACCAGAUCACCUCUUCAGGGGACUAUGAGCUCCGCGUGGAUCUCCGUGCUGGGGAGGAGUCCGUCUAUGCCACCUAUCAGCACUUCCGUGUGGACCCUCCAGCUGACCAUUACCGCCUGCAUCUGGGCAGUUACCAGGGCACAGCUGGCGAUGCUUUCAGCUACCACUCAGGGAGUGUUUUCUCCACUCGGGACCGGGAUCCGAAUCGGGUCAUCAUCCCCUGUGCCAUUUCUUACCGUGGGGCAUGGUGGUAUCGCAACUGCCACUACACCAACCUCAAUGGGCUCUACGCUAACAACCGUGAUCACCAGGGCGUCAACUGGUUUAACUGGAAAGGAUUCGAGUUUUCCAUUCCUUUCACUGAGAUGAAACUGCGGCCCAGCAGCUUCCACCUAUUGCAGCGGUCCUGAGCGGGAUGCGGGGUGGACUAAGGGAGAGAACAGCAGAGGCAAAGCAACAAAAAAAAAACAGCGGGGGAAAUCCCGGCAAUGACCCCUUUUGCAACAGGAUACCUCACAUCUGGCCUUUGUUCUGCUUUUCUGGCCCAUCCUGAGGAAAAAGAGGAAUGCAUCAAAACCAAAAGGAGGGGGGAAAAAAACCUUUGGAGAUUUGAGAAAAUCCACUUCAAUCAAAAAGGAGAGAGAGCUAAGAACUAGAGUUUGAGAGGAUGGAAGCAAUUCAUCUGAACAUAGGUAGUCCUCAAUGUACAACAACAAUUGGGAGCGGGAUUUUUAUUACAAUGCAAGGCGAUUGUUGAGUCACGGCCAAUUUUACCACGGUUGUUAAGUGAGUCAGGGUAGCUGCAAAGCGAAUUGUGAGGUCACUAAGCAAAUCUGACCUACCCCCUGGACUUUGCUUGUCGGAAUGCCACAAAUGGGGAUUUCGUGACCCUGCAGCCGUGAUAAACACAUGCCGGUUGAGUCAAGCUCCCCGAUUUUGAUCCCAUGACCCUGGCACAAGGACUGGCUGCCAAUCACUUUUUUCAGUGCUGUUGUCCUUUUGAAUGGUCCCUAAACAAACAGUUGUAAGUUGAGGACUACCUGUGAUUUUUAUUUUUGUAAAGGAAAGCUUUUAAGAGAGCCAAGAAAUCAGAUCAGCCGGCAAAACAUCAGCCAACAAAAGUCGAUUCCCUUCCCUUAGUUCUGGUUCUGGGAAUCAAUGACUUCAUGCAGCAGUGAAGUCCUGAUUCGCACCCAAAAUCUCUCCUUCUUGACCCCUUUUGCUUCUCAUCAGCUCACCCGCUAAAGACUUUUCCCUUCCUUCUCCAGCCUCAUUCCCAACCCAGGCUCCAUUUUCUUCCUCCUGCGAAUGCCAUUCAAAAUGGAGUUAAAGUCAUAAGUAUGUUGGUGAACGCAGCUUGACAUAAAAAGCACUUUUAAUGUUGGUUUGAUUUUUCUCCCCCAUUCCUUUUACCCCCUGGGGAAACCUUGUGAACUCAAACAACAGACUGUUCUCCCAUCCGUAACCUUUUUGCCUCUCGCUCUGCAAACUUUUACACCGAAAGGUAAAUGAUUAGUACUGAAAGGCACAGGUAGGAAUCAAACUGGGCAAAGGGGGGUGGAUUGCAGAGUGGAAAAAGAACUGAAGAAAAUGGGAAAGACCUCAGAUUCAUUCUUGUCCUCAUAAAUAAUAAUAAAACACCGAAAAAUCAACAGG